CGAAUAACAUUAGUGUUGUACGUAUAAAUUAAUCAAGGGAUUAAUUGUACGUAAAUUUAUUAUAAAUAUAUUGUUUGUUUGUUGCUAUCGGGUGCGAUCCCUUCUAUAUAGAAGAGGAUUGUCGCCACGACUCGCAAGUGUGUAGAGAGGUAUACUUUUAUAAAGUGUAGAUGUGCAGAAGGCAACUAUCAAAGGUGCUAUUCGUAGUGGUGGCUGAGGAGCGGCCACACGUCAACUGAUUAAUUAGUCGAUGUUCUGGUUGCUCCUCAGGUGCAUAAAAAGGUGGGAAGUCCUUUGUCAGCAUCUAUCGGUCAUUGACAAACGGAUAUUCUGGCACAGGUGACACCCAGGUGAUGCCGCCUAGUUCAAUAGCCUCAUUAUGUCGACAUGCAUAUUCCAAAUGUUUGAGAUUGAACGUUCUCGAACUGGCAUAUAACAAUUAGGUACAUUUCACUGCCACAGGCCUCGAUUCAGUUCGUACGAGUUUCGGAGAGGGAUGUUUGCGCGGAGACCAUUCAAAAUAGUAACACGGAGCGCGCGGAUAAAUCGGCCCACCCGAUCGGAAUCGGAUCGGACUCUGUGACCGAAUACUGACUUUAUUUAUACUUGUCCAAAAUAAAUAGAGAUAUAAAUGCAAAUAGAAAAUUUAUUUUUAAUAUUGGACAGCUGCAGUUAUUUAUUUGAGUUGGAUCCAGCAUUAAAAAGAGAAUAUUUUCGUACAAUAAUAAACACAUUGUGUCACAAUUAAGUCAUGUGUCUUUUGUUCAUGAAAGAUCUAAUGAACACUAUGAUCAUUUUGCCUUUGGUCAAGUACAUCGGCUUCUAUGAGCGAUAGCAAAUACAAAGACGAAAUGCUUAACUUUACUGACGAACGUAUCGAACCGAGCCGAUUUCUGCAACUGCUCGUCCGCCUCGAUUGCUCUACAAUCAAUUGUUGACAGCACUGAGUCAGUGCGGGUAAAUAUAAGGAUGCCGUAAUGUCCAUCGUUAUAUUACGACUACCUUAUCAGUGAGAAUCUCCCCUGCGCAGUAGAGCGCGAAAAUAUUGAACGUUAUUAUCAAGACAAAAAUGCAGAAGUCGGUAGAUCGAAGUCCGUGAGCCCUGGUGAAUGGUGAUGCUGUAAAAUGCUAAAAUCACCUCGCAGAAAAUGCGCGGGAAAAUUAAUGUAAAGUCAUAACGUAAGAAAAGAAAAGUGCGAUUAUCAGGAUGAACUAGUAACCCACCAGGUAUAUUAUGAAAAUACUGCUGUCGUUGAACUUGACUAUGCGUAAAUUUCGUUGGAAAGGUCUUCCAACGUCGAAGCGAAUAUGCACACAUAAUCUCAAGUUUAACAAAUCGUUACUCAACAAGUCAAAAUGUAAACGCGCAGCGCAUAACAUAAAGUCAUUUUUAUUCCCUGAUAGAAAUCAGUAUUUUUACCAGUUCAAGUAAAAUCGUACUGGUUCGUUUGAUACGCGGCUUAGCUUAUUGUCCAACUUUGACAUAAGGUGCAUGGCGAAAAACGACAUCUAGUUAAGCGUGGUCAGCCGCCAGCUGAUCUCGCUGCAGCUGCCAGCUGGCCGGGUGGUGUUAUAUUUACGUGCAUAACCAACCACUACUACUUACUUUUUUCUGACCACAUAUACUUAUAAUUGUUCAUAGUUGUGUACGUCAUGUGCCAAAGUGUCUACGUUUUUAACGAUUUGAAUAAUUAUAGUUUUUUAUCGAAUUAAAGUUCCUAACCUAAAUAUUCGAGUUUACCUUUAAUAUAUAUCAUACUCUGUGCAAAUUUUUGGCUAAUUCAGUAACUUAAGUCUUCUCUAAUUACGUUCGUUUCUUCGAAUACUCAUGUCAUGAUUUUUAAAUAUUAUAAUACUAAAUUUAGCUAGAUUAUAAUAUUAUAACAGAAAUAUUGAACGUUAAAAAUUAGAUUCUAACUAAGAAAGAUGAACUCGAACAACAUAAUUAAUUGUGCUGUCAGAGUGAAAAAGGAGCCAAGUGACGUAUCGUUUAGUGAAAAUUACGAUGAAAUGAUUGAUGAGGCAUCCGAUCUUAAAAACUUCAAACAAGAAAAAUCAACCCUUCAAGAAUGUGACGAAGAUCGUGAAAAUGAACUUGACCCUAUGGAAAUUGAAUUUGAAUGUGAAGACGUCAAGAUUAACAUGAACUCAUACGUAGUUCAAAAAAUUACCGAUCAAUCCAAAAAUCAAUAUGACAGUGAAACCCAACAGAUCGUUAAAAAAGAAACAGUAGGCAGAAUAAAAAAAGAAAUGAAUUUAAAUAUCGAUGGUUUCACACAUACAUGCGAUCUAUGUGGAAGUACAUUUUCAAGAAAAGAUGCCCUUAAAAAUCACAUCGACGCGAAUCAUAAGGGAGUCGGAUAUGAAUGCCUCGUAUGCCUACGGAUAUUCGAUAGAAAAAACAAGCGCGAAACCCACGCCGAGACGGAGCACAGCGUCAUCAGUUGUGAUUUAUGCGAAAAAAGUUUUAAGAAGCACCAGUCUCUUAAGACCCACAUAGAUGUGGAACAUAAUAAAAUCACUCACACGUGUAAUAUAUGCGGGGUAAAGUUGAAAAAUAAGAGUUACCUCAAAGUCCACAUCGAAUCAUUGCAUAAACGCAUCACGUAUACAUGCGAUCUAUGUGGAACUACAUUCUCAAGAAGAGAUUCUCUCAAACUUCACGUUGAUGCAGUACACAGGGGUAUCGGACACAAAUGCCCAAAUUGCCCAAGGGUAUUCGAAAGAAGGAGAAAUCUCGAAUUACACAUAGAUAUGGUGCACGCUGGUGUUACCCAUGCCUGCGACGAAUGCGGCAAAGAAUUCAAAUGUAUGAGAAAUCUCAAAUUACACAAGAAUAUAACUCAUUCGCGUAUAAUGUAUCCGUGCAAUACAUGUGGAAAAGAAUUCAAAUGUUUAACAUAUCUCAAAACUCAUGAGAAUAAAGUUCACAAUCGUAUUAUUUUUUCAUGCGAUACAUGUGGAAAAACAUACAAAUACAAAAAAUAUCUCGAAAGCCAUAUCAAUAAAGAGAAUUGCCGAUGAA